AUGAAUUCCAGACUGCUGCAGCGAGCGGUGCGACGGCACCUCGGCAAUGCGGCCGCGGUCGCCGCAGUCGCUACUGGUGGACCGGCGUUUGCGCUCGAGUUCUCCGUCGCGCCCGAGCCGCCGCCGCCUGCAGCAAACGCUGGAGGCUUUGGUCUCCCGUCCUUGCCGUCUCUGCCGACGCCAUCGAUGCCGUCGAUGCCGUCAAUGGGUAUGCCAUCGAUGCCGUCGAUGCCAUCCCUGCCGACGCCCUCGUUGCCCUCGUUGCCCUCGUUCCCAGCGGCACCGGACGCCCCGGCCAAGGGGGGCGGCGACAUCGUCCGGGGCCUCGACCUGCCGCCCCUGCCGCCGCUCUUCGCGCCCGGGACGUCGCCGUCUUUGCCCUCGUUUCCCGUCUUGCCCAAGGAGGAGCCCGCGCCGCCGGCCGAGGACACGCGCGCCGUCGAGGCGCGGCGGCGGGCCGAAGCCUUAGCGACGCCAACUCCCAAGGACGAAGACGCCGCGCCACCGGCAGCGGCGCCGGCGGACGACGCCGCCGCGCCGGCGGAGUCCCUGCCGUUCUCGCUGCCGUCGCCGUCUAACCUGCCCUCCGUCGCCGGGCCGGGCGCCAUCUGGGGCGGGCUCGGCGGGAACGACGCCGCGGCGCCGAAGCGCGACGACGGCCCUCUUUUUACGCUGCCCUCGCCGCCGAAACUACCGUCGCUCCCGGCGCCCUCGCUGCCGUCUCUGCCCUCGUUCCCCGUGGCACCGGACGCCCCGGCCGUGCCGGCGGAGGCCCCGGGCCUGUCGCUGCCGAAACUUUCGGCGCCGUCGCUGCCGUCGCUGCCCGGCGUCCCCGGCCUGCCGGCACUGCCGGCGCUGCCCCAGGUCGAGAUCAACCCCAUCGCCAACAUCGCCGUCGAGCGGCCGUCCGUGCCCGACGACGCGGCGCCGAUCGAAUAUGAUGACCUCGUGAAGAAGGCGCGCCUCGGCGGCGUGGCCAAGGUCGAGUUCCUGUCGGCGAACGGCGACGUGGCCGUCGCGACGCUCUCCGACGGCUCCCUGCGCUCGAUCAAGGUCGUCGACGACAAGUCGGGCUCAUACAAGCUCGCCGCGAAGAUGCGCGACUACGGCGUGCCCUACGCGUACUCGUUCAACCUGGGCAAGUUCAACGAGGCCGCGAAGCGGACGUCGAUGCGCUCGAAGAACCAGAACGUCCUCGACGCCGAGGCGCGCCAGCGCGACGAGGAUGCCAGGUUGGCCGCGUUGGACGCGCGCCUCGCGGCCGAGAGCGCUCCGCCGCCGGCCGAGACGGUCGCGCCGGCCGAGUAAAUAUUCGCUGUGGUUUUCCCCUUGGUUCGACUUUUCCACUGAUGGCAAAGCCACGCGGCGAAGAGUGCGCAGCUAGCGCUGUAACACACUAGCAAGCCAAGCGGUUUUUCCAGCCUCCCCUCCCCUACCACGAAUUCGCCUUUAUAAAUCACUUUGAGCACACGGUUACAGGCGCAUCGAUCACCAGAUUGGGCACGGCGCGGGUUUCCCGCGUUGCAAGGUCCGUGCUAGGUGUCGAGCGUGCAGAGUGGCAGCCAUGCUAUGCGUGUUGCUCCUGCUCUCAUGCAGCACUGCACAUGCACACGCGAUAGCCGUCCGCCCGCGAGACGUGCAAAUAGCAGGCAUCACUGCACCCGUGCGCAUCUACGAGGCGGAGUCGCAAGACGCGGCGCUCGACGCCGCGAUCGAGACCGACAGCGAUCCCUUCGGCGCGUGCUGCUGGCCGUCGGCCGUCGUCGCGGCGCGCGCGCUCGCGGCACGCGACGUGGCGGGGCUCCGCGUCCUCGAACUCGGCGCGGGCACGGGCCUGGCGUCGGCGGCCGCCGCGAGGCUCGGUGCCGACGUCGUCGCGACGGACGUGUCCGACAUCUCCCUCGAGCUACUGCGGCGCGCGGCGGAUGGUGCUUUCGACGUGCAACGGCUUGAUUUCACCGAUGCCGACGCCGUCGCCGCGCUCGGAGAUUUUGACGUCGUCGUCGCGGCAGAUACGUUGUACGAGGAGGCCAUUGCUCGGGCGACGGCCCGGGUCGUCCGCGCCUCGCGCGGCGCGUGCAUCGUGGUCGACCCGGGGCGACCCGACGGGCGACGAGCGUUCCUGGACGAGCUUGGUGGCGUGGGGCGCUUCGAACCGGUUGCAGUCUCGGCCGAGGAGCUCAGCGCAUUCCCGCUCGGCGCCGGCCUGAAGAUCGUGUCGCUCGGCGUCUUCGAGCGAUGAUGUUGCUUCGCUCAGAGCUAGGCUGCCUAGCCACCCGGCCGACGUUUGUUUUGUGUUGUCACUAGAAAGUAAA